CAAUUACAAUAUGGCAGCAAAGAUGUCCUUAAGUCUUGAGGAUCAAGUCAUAUGUCCAAUUUGUUUGGAGCAGUAUCAGGACCCUCGCAUUCUUCCCUGUCUCCAUACAUACUGUAAACAUUGCCUUGAAUAUUUGCUGAAGAAAGGACCAAGACAGUUUUCAAUCAAGUGUCCAGAGUGCAGGGAGGUUGUAAAGAUUGACGAUGUAGAUACUCUUAAAGUCAACAUUUGGGUCAACAAAAACCUAACAAUCCUUGAAUUGAGGAAGACUGAUACAAAGCAAACUGAUAGCAAAUCUGGUAUCAUGUGUGACAACUGUGAAAGCAAGCUAUCAGCCGAGGCUAGAUGUAUGGAUUGUGAAAAGUUUUGUUGUGAUUUUUGCGUUACAGCACAUGAGCGCAUGUCAAUAUUAAAAGAGCACCAACUUGUGUCACUAAAAGAGAUAAAGGCAAAAGGUAUUCCCAUCAGAAACAAACCACCAUUAUGCGAAAAGCACAAAGGAGAGGUAAAGAAACUCUUCUGUAAGACGUGCGAAAGGCUGAUUUGUCGUGAUUGUAUCAUCAUCGACCACAAAGAACACGACUUUAGCUUCGUUGAUGACAUCGUUGAGGAACGUAAAGAAGAAAUAAGAGGAGUGAUUCUAAAAACAAACGGAAUGAUUGAAAAGAGUGAAGUUUAUAUAGCUGAGGUAAUAUGUAUGCGAAAUAAACUAAAGACAAAGGAAAGUGAUACAGAGGCUAAAAUCCAUGAGUUCAUCAAUGAGAAGAUCGAGACUUUGGAAAGGCGGCGCACAACACUUUUACAAGAGGCAAAGAAUGUGACGUCACGUGAGAUGAAAGAGCUAGCAGAAUGUGAAGAUAAUGGUACUCUGCAUAUGGCCUCACUGAGAAGCGCCAUUGCAUUUGCAGAAGAUCUGGUAACUAAAGCGAGCAACAGUGACGUCAUGUGUUUAUCAAAACAAGUCAUUACGCGUUUAUCAGAACUCAAUGUGAAGCCACUCAAUGUAGAGGCAAUACCUGAACCAUGGAUUCCAGUGCUACAAGUAAACCAGUUACUAGAUGAUGAUAUCGCAACGAUUGACUCAACAACCUAUACUGUCGACUCGCCUUCCAGUGAUUUGGUCAUUUGCGGAGCUUUCGAUACAAGAUUGUGAAAACGGAAAACGUGACUAUUGAUGAGAUGAAUGAAGAGAUACCUGGACUACCGGCGAUACGAAGUCGACAAUUAAACGAAAAGUUACAAUUACGACAUGAGGAUGUGGCAGCCACCUCUGUUUUCCAUCCGCCUUCAGAUGAAUCGGUCAGUGAAACAGUUGGGUUGAAUGAAAAGCCGAUUAUAAACCAUGAGGAUACACUCAAAAAAAGAUAAAGUCGAGGAAUAUGUUCUUUCGGUUUGUGAUAGAUAUCCCAUGAUAAUUCGUGGAGAGUAUUUCACACGGAUUUUUUAUUAUUUCGAGAAUUAGAUUGACAUAACUUGAAAGUAAAACUAGAUUAAAGGCUAAUUUCGGUAAUUUUUUAUAGUGGGAAAUAUUGUAGAAUAGACGACUAGAGACAAUUUUCUUCGGUUUGGGAAGAUAUAUUUAAGAUUGCUAGUGUCGGUUAGGUAAAACAGAGUAAAACAAUCAAAUUUAACAUGAUGUCUUUUCUCUGGAAUAAUGUGUAUCAUGCAUCAAGUAAUGCUUAGAUGCUGACCAUUAUGUAAUGUUUAAAGGCCGACAAUGAGGA